AUGAGUCGCGUGUGUAUUGUUGUUUUGGAGGAGGUAGAAGAUGAAUCUCCUGCAUUCAUUUCUAAAUUGCCACAGGAAGAUAAAUCCCUGCAUUCACCACCUUCUGGAAGUGUAUUGCCAUCACUGGUGCAAGCUAUAUUUAAUGGAGAUCCUGAUGAAGUUCGAGCACUAAUAUUUAAGAAAGAAGAUGUUAACUUUCAGGACAAUGAAAAGAGAACUCCACUGCAUGCUGCUGCCUAUCUUGGAGAUGCAGAAAUCAUUGAACUGCUUAUUUUAUCUGGAGCUAGAGUUAAUGCCAAAGACAGCAAAUGGUUGACACCUUUACACAGAGCAGUUGCAUCUUGUAGUGAGGAAGCAGUGCAGGUACUUUUGAAGCAUUCUGCAGAUGUUAAUGCUCGAGACAAAAAUUGGCAAACCCCUUUACACAUAGCUGCUGCUAAUAAAGCUGUAAAGUGCGCUGAAGCUUUGGUACCUCUUCUGAGUAAUGUAAACGUGUCUGAUAGAGCGGGGAGGACUGCAUUACAUCAUGCAGCUUUUAGUGGACAUGGUGAGAUGGUCAAACUGCUCUUGUCUAGAGGUGCCAAUAUUAAUGCUUUCGACAAGAAAGAUAGACGGGCUAUUCAUUGGGCAGCAUAUAUGGGUCACAUUGAAGUAGUGAAAUUACUUGUGGCACAUGGAGCUGAAGUGACAUGCAAGGAUAAGAAGUCUUACACCCCCCUUCAUGCAGCAGCCUCUAGUGGAAUGAUAAGCGUAGUCAAGUACCUUCUGGAUCUUGGAGUUGAUAUGAAUGAACCAAAUGCCUAUGGGAAUACACCUCUUCAUGUAGCCUGCUAUAAUGGACAAGACGUUGUAGUGAAUGAACUUAUAGACUGUGGUGCUAAUGUAAAUCAAAAGAAUGAAAAAGGAUUUACUCCCUUGCACUUUGCUGCUGCAUCAACACAUGGAGCAUUGUGUUUAGAGCUUCUAGUAGGCAAUGGGGCCGAUGUCAAUAUGAAGAGCAAGGAUGGGAAAACCCCACUGCACAUGACUGCCCUCCACGGUAGAUUCUCCAGAUCACAGACUAUUAUCCAGAGUGGAGCUGUAAUCGACUGUGAGGAUAAAAAUGGAAACACCCCUUUGCACAUAGCAGCAAGGUACGGCCAUGAGCUGCUAAUCAACACUCUUAUUACAAGUGGUGCUGACACUGCAAAGCGUGGCAUACAUGGAAUGUUCCCCCUCCAUUUGGCAGCCUUAAGUGGUUUUUCAGAUUGCUGCAGGAAACUUCUUUCUUCUGGAUUUGAUAUAGAUACCCCAGAUGAUUUUGGCAGGACCUGUCUACACGCAGCUGCAGCUGGAGGGAAUUUGGAGUGCCUAAACCUUCUGCUGAAUACUGGUGCAGACUUCAACAAAAAGGACAAAUUUGGGAGAUCUCCGCUGCACUAUGCUGCUGCCAACUGCAAUUACCAGUGCCUGUUUGCUCUUGUGGGAUCAGGAGCAAGUGUGAAUGACCUUGAUGAAAGAGGAUGCACACCCCUGCACUAUGCAGCCACAUCAGAUACAGAUGGCAAGUGCCUGGAAUACUUAUUACGAAAUGAUGCAAAUCCAGGGAUCCGUGACAAGCAAGGAUACAAUGCAGUUCAUUAUUCAGCUGCUUAUGGUCACCGUCUAUGUCUUCAGCUGAUUGCAAGUGAAACUCCUUUAGAUGUUUUAAUGGAAACCUCUGGGACAGACAUGCUGAGUGAUUCAGAUAAUAGAGCAACAAUAAGCCCUUUACAUUUGGCUGCCUAUCAUGGUCACCAUCAAGCACUAGAAGUGUUGGUACAGUCUUUGUUAGAUCUCGAUGUGAGAAAUAGUAGUGGAAGAACACCCUUAGAUCUUGCAGCAUUUAAGGGCCAUGUUGAAUGUGUGGAUGUACUCAUUAAUCAGGGAGCCUCAAUUUUAGUCAAAGACUACAUUUUGAAGAGAACACCUAUACAUGCAGCAGCAACAAAUGGUCAUUCAGAGUGCUUGCGGCUGCUAAUAGGAAAUGCAGAACCACAGAAUGCAGUAGACAUUCAAGAUGGAAAUGGACAGACUCCUCUGAUGCUGUCUGUUCUCAACGGGCACACAGACUGUGUUUACUCACUGCUGAACAAAGGAGCAAAUGUAGAUGCCAAAGAUAAAUGGGGAAGGACAGCAUUGCAUAGAGGGGCGGUUACAGGCCAUGAAGAAUGUGUAGAUGCAUUACUUCAACAUGGUGCUAAGUGCUUAUUUCGAGAUAGCAGGGGCCGGACACCUAUACACUUGUCAGCUGCCUGUGGACACAUUGGUGUUCUUGGAGCCCUUUUGCAGUCAGCAGCAUCCGUGGAUGCAAAUCCAGCCAUAGCAGACAAUCAUGGAUAUACGGCACUUCACUGGGCCUGCUACAACGGUCAUGAGACAUGUGUAGAACUUCUUUUAGAACAGGAAGUUUUCCAGAAAAUGGAAGGAAAUGCUUUCAGUCCUUUGCAUUGUGCUGUGAUAAAUGACAACGAAGGUGCUGCUGAAAUGUUAAUUGAUACUUUAGGUGCCAGCAUCGUGAACGCCACAGAUUCAAAAGGAAGAACCCCUCUCCAUGCGGCCGCCUUCACAGACCACGUAGAGUGUUUACAGCUGCUGCUCAGCCAUAAUGCUCAAGUCAAUUCUGUAGACUCUUCUGGGAAGACACCUCUCAUGAUGGCCGCAGAAAAUGGACAGACAAAUACAGUUGAGAUGCUGGUUAGCAGUGCUAGUGCAGAUCUGACUUUACAAGAUAACAGUAAAAACACCGCCCUCCAUUUGGCUUGCAGCAAGGGUCAUGAAACUAGUGCCUUGUUAAUACUGGAAAAGAUAACAGAUAGAAACCUCAUCAAUGCAACCAAUGCAGCCUUGCAAACACCUCUGCAUGUUGCUGCCCGAAAUGGGCUGACAAUGGUGGUUCAGGAACUUUUGGGGAAAGGAGCAAGUGUGCUUGCAGUAGAUGAAAAUGGCUAUACCCCAGCUUUGGCCUGUGCUCCCAAUAAGGAUGUGGCUGAUUGCCUAGCUCUCAUUUUGGCCACCAUGAUGCCUGUCUCAUCAAGUAGCCCUUUAUCAUCCCUGACUUUCAAUGCCAUUAACCGUUAUACCAACACCUCAAAAACAGUCAGCUUUGAAGCCUUGCCCAUCAUGAGGAAUGAACCUAGCUCCUAUUGCAGUUUCAACAACAUUGGCGGGGAACAGGAGUACUUAUACACUGACGUGGACGAGCUCAAUGACUCCGAUUCUGAGACCUACUAAGAGGCUGAGCCAGAGGUCUGAGAGAGGAGUUCUGACACUAACGCUUCAGAUUGUGCUUUUUCAGGAAAAAGGCACUUUCUUACUCACGUACAGAUUCAACCUAAGAGGAAAGAUCGAAGAAUGAUAUGAGAAAUAUGACAUUAGGAAGAAGAGUUUCAAAGGCAAGUUUUGCAAAAGGAACUUCUAGAAUCUUGAAAUAGACUUGACCGGAAGAAAACACUUUGAUGUCAAAUUACUUUGUGGAAUUGUUUAAUUUGGUUUUGCAGUGCCAGGAAUAAUUUGGGACACUGUGCUCCCUAAUCUGCUUACACAAGCAACACUAUUGUAAAAGAAGAGAUAAGGACACUAGAUUUAAAUUUUACCAAUAAACUACAACUAAAUUUAAGGGCAAUAAAAGUUUGGUACAGUAGGCAUUAUGUGCACAGCAAAUUGCCAAAGGACCAAGUAACUUAAAAGUUUUUUAAUAGAAUGCCAUUUUGUGGAAACCAGAAUAGGUGAAAUGAGACAUUAUCUAAACCAAACUUUAAUAUUUCUGAAAAUGAAGCUGAGAUUUGAUUUUAAAUGUUGAUUUUUUUUUUUAAAGAAAACAUCUGAAAGCCUUCAAAUACUGUAAUUAAACCAUGAGAGAAAGCAGAUGUAUUUUUACAUUUUUUCUUUUACAUAUAAAUUUAAAAAUUCCAACUUUUAUAAUAUUAGAAUUAAAAACCAGCUGGCUGAGUGCAGUCAGGGUGAAAAUACUUGUGAUGUAGACAGAGAUAGAUUGGGGUCGGGCCGUCGUUGCCCAGGUCUGAAUGGUUUAGGUUUAAAAUUGAACUAUUUUUGUUUGAAAAUGUAAAGAUUUCCUAGAAGAAGAAAAUUUCAUGAAAUCAAAAAGUAGAUUAUUUUCACCCUAUUGCAGCUAAGUGGUCCUGGGGAAUGAAGUUUUCGACCUCGCUACUUUGGAUAGUACACCUUCAUCACUUAUGUUACUUUUGUGCCUCCACAAUGGAUUGGGGGAUUUUUGUUUUCCCUGUUUAGUGAAUAAUCAAAAAGAAAAAAAAUCCCUUGUAAUUGAUAAGUUAACAUUAUCGGGUCUCUUGGAAGGCAUUUCUGUAUUGGGUCCUAUUCAGAUUCAAACAUGCUAUUACUUGGGGAAAGAAGCAAUUGCCUGCCGAAUUGGAAGACUGCCUUUCAAAUAACAGAGAAAGGCUGUUGUUUAGGCUUUUAAAUAACAAUUUAUAUGGUUCUGCUUUUACUGUAACUGUCACUUUCCCAGUAAGAAUGAUUUCACAUAUGUAGGGGGUCUUACAGAUCUGGGUGAAGUUCCAUAAAUUUUCACAAAAUGAUACCCAAUUUCAUUUUAUCCUUUUUGUAUUGUGAAACUGGAAACUUUAUGACAUUGUAAAUUUCAGCUGGUUUUUCUGAAUAUAAAGUGUGAAAACACAGAACAGUAUUUUGAUCUAUUUGAUAAUUUUGUGGGGUUUUUGAAGAAUUAAUGAGCAUGUACAUAGAAAUAGUGACUGCUUGAAUACUGUAUUUACUUGCACUCUUUCAGUACAUCAAGAUUCCUGUAUAUUUUAGAGUAUAAUAAAAUACAGAUGUGAGUUGUAUUUAAUGAAUAAUGUUAUUUGUAUCUGUGCAUAUUACCUAAAAAUCUAUAAAGUUUCUAGGGCAUUGACUACUA